GGGGUCUUGCCAAGUGAUAAACAGACCCAGGCAUGCAGUAGGUUUGGGGUUUUUCUGCACAAAUAGGGGAGCUAGAGUUUGCUUCAAGGCAUCAGUUGACGUCCAUGAUCAUGGAAAUGCUGGCGUAAGGCCUUCAGGAGAUGAUGGAGAAAAAAUGGACCUACUGUGCUGUCUGUUCCAUCAUCCAGAUGCAUUUCGUCAGGGGAGUAUGGGAAAAAGCAACCAAUACAGAAGACAUCUAUGCUUCCCCUGGCUCUGAUGUCAACCUGACCUGUCAAACGUGGAAGAAAGGCUUCUUGGUGCAGAUGCAGUGGUCCAAGGUCACUGAUAAGUUGGAUCUGAUUGCCCUUUAUCAUCCUCAGUAUGGCUUUCACUGUAGUAAUGGCGGUCCCUGUGAGUCACUGGUGACUUUCACAGAAACUCCCAGAAAUGUGUCCACGUGGACUCUGCACUUAAAGAACAUGUCAUCCUCGCUCACUGGGAAGUAUGAGUGUAGCUUUACUCUGUAUCCAGAGGGUUUUCGGACUAAAAUCUACAACCUAAUCCUUCAGACAAGUGUCACACAGGAUGAAUUGAGAAGCAGCCAUAUAAUAGAAGUACAGAUAAAUCAGACUCUGGAAAUACCAUGCUUUCAAAACACCUCCUCAGAAAUUUCGUCUGAGUUCACCUUUGCAUGGUUGGUGCAGGAGAAUAAUGGAACUUGGGAAACGCUCAUCACCCGAGGUCACUCCAUCGGCAAUUCCACAUUGUUUAAAGACAGAGUCAAGCUAGGCACAGACUAUAAACUCUACCUCUCUCCAGUCCAAAUCCAUGAUGAUGACCGGAAGUUCUCCUGCCAUGUUGUGGUCAGAUCUGGCAAAAUCUUGAGGCGUUCCACCACAGUCAAGGUUUUUGUGAAGCCAGAAAUUCCCGUGAUUGUGGAAAAUAACUCUACGGAUGUCUUGAGAGAGAGAACAUUUACCUGCUCCCUGAGGAAUGUAUUUCCCACAGCAAAUCUCACAUGGUUUAUAGAAGGAGGCUUUCCUCAAGGUGAAAAAGAAGGAACAUACAUUACUAAUGAAGAGAGAAAAGACAAAGGUGGAUUUUUGGAGCUGAAGUCUGUUUUGAAAAGGGUGUAUGGUAAUAAACCAGCCGAAUCAAACAACCUGACCAUCUGGUGUAUGGCUCUGUCUCCAGUCCCCGGAAAUGAAGUGUGGAAUAUCUCAUCUGAAAAGAUCACUUUUUCCUUGGGCUCAGUGAAUCCUUCCGUAGGUCCUCUGCUUGACGUUGUCACAUCAACCGUUGGCACCCAACCUUCUCCAGUCAACAGCAUGUCUCCUACAAGAUAUCCAGCUAUAUCUUCCAUAGCCGUUGGAGAAGUAGAUACCUCAACUCCAAAUACCACCCCUCAAACCAGCAAUUCCAGUGUGACUACUCAAGGCUUCAACUACUCCUGGACCCCUAGCGGGCAAGAUACCAAAAACUCUUCAUGGAUGCCCAGUGAAACAUAUAGUUCAUCCCCCUCAGGGGCAAAUUCAACAAAUCAUGGUGGUGUCUUCACCAGCACAAUCAGGACAUUUUCAGAAGUUCCCACAACUACCAAUGGAUCUACUAAAAAUAUUCACAUCCAUAUCACUGGCAUUGUGGUCAAUAAACCUAAAGAUGGAAUGUCCUGGCCAGUGAUUGUAGCAGCUUUGCUCUCUUUUUGCGUAGCGCUGUUUGGUCUCGGAGUGAGAAGGUGGUGCCAAUACCAGAAGGAAAUCAUGGAAAGACCCCCGCCUUUCAAGCCACCUCCACCUCCCAUCAAGUACACUUGCAUUCAAGAGUCCACGGGAAAUGAUCUGCCUUGUCACGAGAUGGAGACGCUCUAAGAGCCGCUUGAGACUUGCCACAGAACUCUGCUAGAAUCCUGCGAGAAACUGGAUAUUGUGCUUUAUUAACAUAAUUGUCCUCUAGCCGAGCCUUUACUGCAGCUGCAGUGGAUGUCAGAAGUGAGUGACCUGUUUUCCCGGCAACUCAGCCCCUUUCAUCUGCAUGCCUGAAACUGAGCAAGAAUGAGGCGAAGUCAUGCUCAUACCCCAUGCGAUCUGUAGGAAUGUUCUUGCUUAUGUAAGAAGUGCAAAUGAGGCUGCUGUUAUUAAAAAAGUACUUGCAGUGUUUUUAUUUUUCAUUUUAGUUCACUGACUGAGGUGACGACAGUGGUUUCAAGCAUAUGUCCAUGCCAGAUCCUCUUCCAUUUGGGCAUCUGCCAACAUUCUGAACUAUUUGCCAAAAGUAUGAUCAUCCCUGAGGUUUGUUGCAUUCCCUAGGAAAAUUACAAAAAGAAGAAAAUGUGAAAGUUCUAGAAAGAGUUCCAAAUAAGUGCAAGUAGUCCUCGUACGGAAAAUAUUUUGCUUAUUUUCACUAGAGGAAAUCGUAAUACCUUGCACAAGAUGCCAGUCCCAGUCCCCCUUCCUCCCACCAUGUUCUGCCCAGCCUCCUGCCCCAUAGAUUGAGGAGGGAUCAAAGGGAAACCUGGCCAGCAACCAAGUAGCCUCGUAGAUAUAGGGAACACUUCAUUGGCCUCUAAAAUGAUAUGAACUAAGAGUGGUCUGGUCUCAUCCUCAGCUUUACCUGUGUGUGUGUGUGUGUGUGUGUAUGUGUGUGUGUGCACUUGCACACGUGUGCGUGCGUGUGUUUGUGCGUGCAUAGGUACGUCAAACUAUUACAUGAGUAAACAGGCACCCUAACCCCAAUCCAAUUUCUGCAAAUCCUAUUAUUCUCAUUUUCUUCUGGGAACUCUCCUGGGAACUCUCCAGUCUGCAUGUUUUUAUCUGUCUUGAGAUAAAUGCAGGCUCAAAUCAUACUAGCAUUGUUGAAUUAAUCCUGUUCCUACCACUCUUUUAUAAAAUAGUUCAGAUAGAACAUAUAGGUAAUGGAAAAGAAACCUAGUUAGCCACACCUGUUCUGUAUUCAACAAGAGUUCCUGAGUGAGUAAAUUACUGAUGCUCCUUGUUCUUCUAAACCACCCAAACACCCUACCCUCGGAAGGAGCAACAGAUGUUGCUAUCAGAUAUGACAGGCAAAUGCUGUGUGGACUUUAGUCUCAAAAGGAACAUUUAGUUCAUUUGCAGUGUACUUAUCCCUGACCGCAUGUGAGAAUAACUUGGAGAGUUUUUUUUAAACACCAGAGCUGUCCCACUCAAAAACAAUAAAAUCAGAAUCCCUGUGGAGUGAGGCUGAGGCGUUAGCACUUCCGGGUGAUUUGAGAGUUCAGCCAAAGUUGAGAACUGCUGAACCAGUCAAGGUCCCUUCUCAUUAAUCAGAAUCUUCGUUAGGUACUUAUUUUUGGUGGUGACCAGCCUCUAAUGUGUCCGUCAUGAUUCUUGCCUCUUAUAUAGUCCCCACUGAUACCAAAUGCAACUAAUUUGUAUAGCUGGCCAAGACUAGGGUAAGGCAAGGAAGACAACUAUGGUAUAAAAUUUAAGGAGAUAUUCAAAUCCAGGGUCAUGUACUUGUACAAUCUUGUGAGUACCGGUUGCUGGCCCAGUAUAACUGAUAAGAUAUGCAGAAGUCACCAGAGCGUGACUUCCAAGGCUAGGUAAUAGGAUACAUGGUAGCUUCUGCAUUGAUCUCUCUUUGAUCGGUCUCUCUGGAAAAAGCUGGUUGCCAUGUUGUGAGGACACUCAAGCAGCCCUGUGGAGAGGGACCCCUGUCAAGGAACAAAAUCCUAUUGCUAACAAGUAUCAACUAGCCAGCCAUAUGAGCGAGCCAUCUUGGAAGCAUGUCCUCCAGUCCCCACUCAAGCCUUUGGUUAACUGCACCUCAGCUGAUCUUUUGACUGGGACCUCAUGAGAGCCAGAACCACUCAGCUAACCUCUUCUGGUUUCCGGACCCACAGACACUGUGCGGGAUAAUAAAUACUCAUUAUUUAACACCACUGUCUUUAGGUAUAACAUGUUACACAGUAAUAGAUAACUAAUACAGCCCAAUGAAUGGAAAAAAUAAACUAAUGUUUGCCUGCCUUAAUUACCCUCCAU